GUCUGAUGACGUAAAUUGUAGGCGUCCAAUUCUCGUCUUUUGUGUUUAUCUUCUGCUCCUCUCAGUUGUUUCGUCAAUGGAUGAUCCGUGUAAGAAUACUACUUCUACUUAGUGUGUGGACAUGGGCAAGAAAACAUCCUAAAUGUUAGUUGUGUGUGUGAAAAAUCAAAAAUGAACAAAGGGUGGCUGGAGCUAGAGAGCGACCCAGGAUUGUUCUCUUUGCUGGUUGAAGAUUUUGGUAUCAAAGGUGUGCAGGUGGAAGAAAUAUACGACCUUCAAAGCAAGUGUCAAAGCCCAGUCUAUGGCUUCAUCUUCCUGUUCAAGUGGAUUGAGGAGCGUCGAUCCAGGAGGAAAGUUAACACUUUGGUUGAUGAAACCUCUGUCAUCGAUGAAGAGAUAGUUAACGAUAUGUUCUUUGCACAUCAGCUGAUACCAAAUUCAUGCGCCACUCAUGCCUUGCUGAGCGUGCUUCUGAACUGCAGCGGUGUGGAGCUGGGCAACACCCUCAGCCGCAUGAAAGCUUUCACAAAAGGCUUCAGUCCGGAGAGUAAAGGUUAUGCAAUUGGAAAUGCCCCAGAGCUGGCCAGAGCACACAACAGCCAUGCUAGACCGGAGCCUCGCCACCUGCCCGAGAAACAGAAUGGGAUCAGUGCCGUGCGAACCAUGGAGGCUUUCCACUUUGUCAGCUAUGUGCCCAUCAAAGAUCGCCUCUUUGAGCUCGAUGGCCUUAAGGCUUACCCGAUUGACCAUGGGCCGUGGGGAGAGGAAGAGGAAUGGACGGAUAAAGCUCGGCGGGUCAUCAUGGAGAGGAUCGGCCUGGCCACUGCUGGUGAGCCGUAUCACGACAUCCGCUUCAACUUAAUGGCAGUGGUGCCGGAUCGCAGGAUGAAAUACGAGUCCAAACUGGGGGUUUUAAAGAAGAACCGACAGACUAUUCUGGAGGGUCUGCAGAAGAUGAUCCGACUCACCCAGUCUGAACUUGCCCAUGAUAAGAAGCAUGAUUCGUCCACGCCGGACGGCAACACCACUUCACUGAAGAAAGAGGCCGAUGUGGAGCCAGUUAUAUCCCAAGGCACCGGACCUGCUUCCUCUGACAUGGCGGAUGAGUCAAGAGGUCAAACUAAAGACGCCCCUUCAGGAAAUGCUAAGGUCAUUGGGAAAGCACCCGGAGGAGCAUCACAGCAAGUCGCCAACCGUCUGCCUGCCUUCCUCGACAACCACAAUUACGCCAAGUCCCCAAUGCAGGAAGAGGAGGACCUAGCUGCUGGUGUUGGUCGUUCUCGAGUGCCAGGCCAUCCACAACCAGCGUUCUCUGAUGAUGAAGAUGAUUAUGAGGACGAGGAGGAGGAAGUUAUUGGAUCUACAGGCACAUCGACCAGGUUCAGACGGAAAGCAAGUCUACGAUCACGAACAGGAAGGGUCGUAACAGGAAUGGAAAGCCAGUUAGCUCUCAGUGUCUUGGCUGAGAAACUCAAGAAGGAGGCCCAAAGAAAAGAUGCCCUGAACACACCGCUCUCUGUGCGCACAGAGGGCCGCACCGGAGGCAUUUGCAUCACAUCUGCCUCACAGCCUUCACCCACACCCAGCAACGAGAGCACUGACACGGCCUCGGAGAUUGGCAGUGCCUUUAACUCGCCGUUGCGCUCACCCGCACGCUCACAGGCCGCCACGCGUCCGUCUAGCCCAGUUGCGUCCCAUCUGUCACGCGUGCUGUUCGGGGAAGACGAGCUGCUGAGGCUAGACUCCCGACAUAAUCGUGCUGUAAGAGAACUGGGCCCGUCUGUCACCGUGGCCCUGCUACACCUUCAGGAGGAUGGAGUCAUCUAUACUCUUUCACCAUCUGUGGAUUUGGCUUCAGACACUGGUGCUAAGCCGUCAUGCAGUCUGGAGAAGAUAAAGAGCGAAGAGCAAGCGGCCGUCAUUGCAGGGGAGAAGGAAGCGGCGAAAGAGAAGGACAAAGGACCGUCUGUGGUGGUAAAGGAAGAAAAAGAGAAAGAAGAGAGCAAAGAUGGAGAAGAAGUGAAACCCAGCAAGGAGAAGCUUGACACCACAGAGCCGGCUGCAGACAGCAAGCCCUUAGGGGAUAAGUACUCACCCAAAGAGUUGCUUGCACUGCUCAAGUGCGUAGAGGCAGACAUUGCCAAUUAUGAGGCGUACCUAAAGGAGGAAGUAGAAAAGAGAAAAAAAUACAAAAUUGACGAUCAGCGAAGGACCCAUAACUACGACGAGUUCAUCUGCACCUUUAUAUCAAUGCUGGCCCAAGAAGGGAUGCUGGCCAGCCUCGUGGAGCAGAACAUUUCGGUGCGUCGUCGGCAGGGAGUAAGUAUCGGCCGCCUGCACAAACAGAGGAAGCCCGAUCGCAGGAAACGCUCUCGCCCUUAUAAGGCCAAACGCCAGUGAUAUCAAACAAGCUUCUCAGGGUAAAUUCUGCCUGUAAGGACCAAGCAGUCGCCUCAUUCGUGAACGUCUCCUCAUGCAGCCAGUUCUUUGUGGCGUUUUAGUCCCAAUUAUAUCCUCUUCACCACGCUGAGCCAAAUGUUUGGUCAGGUCUUUUAUCGUCUGGUAUACAUGUACCGGUAAUACCUUUUUAUUUGUAUUAUAAACUGUUAAAUACAGUUUGUGAAUAUAAAAUAAAGGAAACGUGCUGUGUGAACUUCUUUAAGGAACCACUUCAGGGCUCUUAAAAGCUUCACUCUCGACCUCUCAUCUGCAGUCUGAGAUGUUUACCCUAAAUACGGACUCUUUAACGUCUAUGCCAUCAAUCAGUUUACUGGUGGGUAGUUCCUUAUCAAAUGCAUCAUUUAUUUUUAAAAUGACAUUCCAUACAGCAUGUUUUAAACUAAAGAUGGUCAACCCCUUUGUCUUUCCUAUUGCUGUCAAUCGUGUUAUUUUUGUACCUAAAAAAAAAUAAUCUCAGAAUGGAAUGAUAAUUACAUUGCAUGUGUGUAUGUGUGUCUUGUACAUAUUUAUAUGUUACUUGGCUCAGCAGGAACUCCCUGAGCUCAAUUGUUAUUGCCAUUGUGUUUGCCAUUUCGUAUUACAAUAA